UUUGGACACGUUUUUGUCAGAAUGAGUGGGAGCUGUUGCUACAAAAACAAAAAUAUUUAUUUUCUUCAAUAGUUCACUGAACGCACUGAAACGUAUUGAAUGUUGACCCUUAGCACUCAUUCUCAGGUGUUGUCAGUGCCAAGACUGAAUGACAGUGUGAUGCCCAAAUGUGUUGAUUGCGUGUCCUCUUCUCUCCAGCAGUGCGCCAGCAUAUUACCUCUUUCUGCACCAGUAACAUUUCAACUGCAAAUUUCCACCUCCAGAUGCUUCCUCGUCCCCUUGUGUUGUUCCGCUGGAAGGAGCUUGUCGAUGAUGUCACAUUAACUAACCCAGAGGGCUUGUAUGACUUGGAGGGCGACGCCAACAAGCAAGCCAAAAACGUUAAGUAUAACAACAUUGAGGAAUGUUUUCGCCACCUUUUCAACCUCUGAUGUCCACCAUGAUUCUAUUAAUAAGCUCCGUCAAUAUCGUGUUGUGUGUGUACAUGAAUAGAAGCUCUCAGGCAGCGGGAACAGUCUCCGCCUUAUUCCCCUCGCCAGGUGUAUGUUCAGCUGGAAUAAACAUGCGGGCGAAGACGAGCAGGAGCAGCAUGAGGAGGCAUAAAUGGCCCUAAAUCCCAGAAAACAUUUUCUCUUCCCUUGCAUGGAAAGUGCAGCUGAGAAAACACGGCUGGAAAUAAAUCGGUCAGCUCGCUGAUGACUGCUAACGCUGUGAAAAGUGACAAAACCUCCCUUAAUGGCGGGAGAACUGCAAAGUCAGCAUGGAUGACGCACUCAGGUGCAUGUCAAGCUCUACCGUAGAGUUUGGAGGCAGAGGAGUGAGCUAACGUGGCUAACAUAGGUGCAGUUCGACUGGAGAAUAAUGAAGCCUUAAGUGACAACACAGAGACACAGGACUCGUAGCAGGACUAGCAGGUCCGUCCUGGUUCAAAUCGACACUCCUGCAGACUGAGCUUGGAGCGAGGUCAGUCCGGUCUGGCAUGGGCGACCGAGUUCCACGCAUUGUUUCCUCAGACCGGGCUUGUCUGCGAUUUCGCUUUGCCAUGUGGGUUUCCGACCGCGGUCUUUCAACCUCCUCGGAGGUGACCUCAAGAUGUGAAAGGAGAAAUUGACAAGGUGUGAAGUCACCAAUCUGGUACCAACCUGACCAGGUCCAGUGUCUUGUCUGUCUGCACCAACCAUUGUGUUCUGCGUCCUGAUUGGCUGCAAACUAUUGUCAAUCAAUUUCCUUCUUGCUGCCCUGCCGACUCGCUAGCAUUUUCCUUCAAGCACUACAUCUUGGGACAAGCUUCUGUCUGGUCCAUCCUAGUCUGAUCUGGUCAUGCAGUCCCUGGCCGAGGAAAUCCAGAGUUUUUCUCGGACGCGUCUGAAAAGGCAGUGCACUCGCGUGACUUCACUGAGCGGCCGCCGCAUCAUUGAGACCUGGAAGGGGUCUAUGAUGACGGUAGUGGAUGACCCGGUCCCCCCGGAGAAGCUGCUAGGAUACGUCCCAGAUACCUCGUGGGACCUCCAGGUGGGCGUGGUCAAGCCCUACUUGCUGCUGGGUUCUCAGGAUGCUGCACAUGACUUCAGCACCUUAAGGAAACACAAGGUGUCACACAUCCUCAACGUGGCUUUUGGAGUGGAGAACGUCUUCCCUGACCUGUUCAUCUACAAGACAGUUAGCAUUCUGGACCAUCCUGACACGGACCUGGUGCCACACCUCCAGGAAUGUUGUGACUUCAUUCAGCAAGCUAAAACUGAGAAAGGCGUGGUCCUGGUCCACUGUAACACUGGCAUCUCUCGAGCUCCGGCGGCAAUCAUUGGCUACCUGAUGUCAUGUGACGACCAGUCCUUUGACGACGCCUUCUCCUUCGUCAAGGCAGCCCGGCCCACCGCCUGCCCAAACCCUGGCUUCCUGGACCAGCUGAGGAAGUACAAGAUGGAGAAGGCGCCUGCUAGCAAACACUGAAAAUAGUCAAGAAAAUGAAUAGAUGAAAAUAUUUGCUCUUUUUAUGUCUUAUUCAUGUUCAGUGGCGGUUCUAGCAGUGGGCCACAUUGGCGGCAUUCUCGGGGGGGUGACAAAAAAAAAUCCCAUUUAUUUGUGUUCAUCCGGUCAGGACAUCCACCAUUUGAUAUGGAUAACACCAAACUGGGGGUUUCCAAUCUAUUUGUGUUAGAUUUUUUUAAAUGUUGUUUAUUAUAUUAUAUUUUAUACAUUUUGUGGCUUAAAUCAUUCAAUCCCAGCCAUUUUUCAAAAGAGAAACCCUUUGGUACCCAGAAUAUUGUGUUCUAUCGUCAGAAAAAAGGGUUGUUUCUUACCUGUUUUUCUGUUUUCUAGUGAUCAGUAGUAUGUAAGUUUCAGGAAAAUAUCAGUUCCCGACUAAAAAAGGCAUAACUUAUGUUUUGCUUUUGUGACAGCUCGAUUGUGCACGUGUGUGUGUGUGUGCGCAUGCAUUAAAAUGUACCUUUAAUGCGUA